AUGUCUGAUAAGAUGCGCGCAGCACAGAUCGUAAAGUAUGAGAAACCGUAUCAGCUAUGUGAGCGAGCUGUACCUCAAUGCGGAGACAAUGAUCUUCUUGUCGAAGUUUACGCAGCCGGCUUCUGUCACUCGGACCUUCAGGUUUGGAAUGGUCAAUUUCCGGCGGCCCUUCCCAUGAUACCAUCGCACGAGCCGGCUGGAAAGAUUGUACAGAUUGGCGCGAAAGUGCAGGGCUCAUGGAAAGUUGGAGAUCGCGUUGGCGUUCUCAACUACAAGAAUCCUUGUGGACAAUGCGCAGGAUGUCGACAGCACGGAAGACGAGCGAAACGUCCUGAUCCUCGCUUCUGCCAGAACAGGAUUGUAGCUGGCUUCAAACACGACGGCGCAUUUGCCGACUACAUGCUGGCAGAUCCUAAUACUACUGUGCACCUCCCUGAUGAAGUUUCCUUCGAACAGGGAGCGCCUUUGAUGUGCGCUGGCGCGACAGUAUGGGGCGCAUUGCGAAAGCUUAGUCCCCAGGUUCAACCAGGCGAUGCCGUAGCCAUUGUAGGUGUUGGGGGUCUGGGUCAGCUUGGAAUACAAUUCGCCAAAGCCCUUGGUUACCGGACGAUAGCCAUGGACAACCGUGAACAAGGCCGUCAGCUUGCGCUCGACUUGCCCGACCACUUGAGACCUGAUCUAGUCAUGGACUCAAGCGCUAAGAACGCCGAAGAGAAGAUACUAGAGUUUACUUCAGGCGAAGGUCUCGCGGGCAUCAUAGUAUGCACAGAUUCGAUACCAGCCAACGCGUGGUGUCUUCAGCAACUGGGCAACGGCGGUGUUAUGGUUCCGCUCGGCUUACCAAAAGACAGUUGGAAGUUCGACUCGGAAGCUAUGGUAUUCCAUGAGCUCACCAUAAAAGGCAGCUAUGUCGCUAGUGCGGAGGAAGUUGAGUCCAUGCUCAAGGUCGUAGCCAAGCACGGCAUCUCGUCUCAUUUGACCGUUUUGAGCUUUACGGAGAUACCGAGCCUCAUAGAAAGAUACCAGCAUGCAUCUAUGAAAGGCCGACUAGUAAUCAAUAUGAAAGGAUAA